UGUUCCGAAUAAUCAUCGUGAAAGUAAUGUAUUAUUAAAGAAAGCAGUAGAUGAGUCGUUAGAUACCCACAUGUCCCAAAGAAAAAGCUUAGACAAACUCAAUUAGCAUAUUUUUAACGAUAGCUUAAAAACACACUUUCACGAGAUAAAUGAUGAGGGUAACCCGCAGGUACGUUUGAAUUUUGUCACACAGCUUUCACAGUUUCAUUUCAUUCUUGUUUCAAGCAUCGUCCAGCAACAAUGAAUCUCUUGAUUCUGGUUUUUUUAACCGUGAACGUUUGUUGGAAUGGUGAGUACUUACACUAAAUUAUAAAAUUAAUUAUUUACUCAAAGAAUCCAUUUGUCGACCCAGGAACCUGCAAAAGUAUAACAACUGACCAAACGAAUGUGAUUUCGAAUCCACUGGAAACAUCUACCACGAAAAGUAUCGAAAACCAAACGCAAAAGCAAAUUGCAUGGAAGAAUUUAGUACCAGAACAAAAUUCCUCGAUGAUACAAGAACUGAAACGAAUCGCGAACGUAAAGGUUGAUUCUCCGAACCGCAAAUCCAAGAUUUUAGGAAGCUUGGCUUUUCUAGCCGGUUUAAGUGUCAGUGAUUUAACAAGUGCACCGAACACAAAAACUAACACUAAAUUACCGCCUGUUGCUUUAAACGAAGCAUCCCGAAUUCCACCUCACAUCGCUGCGAUUUACAACCCUUACUCUUAUUUGACACACCCUUACAUAUUGUCCGCUCCUCUGAACUUUUAUCCCUUGUGGGACCCGCUGCGAUUGCUGUCUCUCAAUGGAAUGCAUAAUAAUUUCCAAACGUUACCAGAACGAUUGCAAAGUUUAAGUUCGUCGGAUAAAGCGACAGAUUUAAGCAAUGAUCAGUAUGUGGAUGAAGCUAUGAAAGUUGAAAAAGUGAAAGCUUCGAGCGAGACCGGUGACAAUAUGGAGGAGGGCGAAUUUGAUGUUGAAGUUGAUCGAACUAUGGAAGAUAAGAUGAUGACUCCUGACACUGCAUGCAGCGCACAGAAGAAAGUCAACAUGGCCGCUUUCAACGAGCUCGAGGAUGAUUCUAAACAAAAUACUCAUGCUAAUAUAAAUGCUACUUCAAGUAACACGACCGUAAACCCCAUUCAAAACUCGACGGGGAAUUAUAAUCACACCAGCUACCCGUUUUACGGCUAUUACGGUGGAUAUCCGCAAAAUAUAAACCACGUUGAUAUAACCACAGAAACGAACGAGUAUAAAUAUCACGAUUACGAGCACAUCAAUUACAAUCUACCUUCUUACGAUAAACCUAUUAAUUUCUAUUCGGAUCAAAGAUACAAUUAUUAUUCUGCCCCUCCUGGAGAUCCUUAUGUGUCAAAUCAAUUUCAGCAAGAACAGAUACCUGAAUAUUUUUCCAACGAUUUUAAGAGAUACCUGUACACUCCGGAUAAUUCACCGUCACUCUCGAAUCAUGGUUUCAGACCCAUAAUAUAAUAAAAUCAUUGUACUAUUUUUAAAUACGUGAAAC